AUGUGUAAAUAUAGAGAAACAAUGCUAAAGAUAGCAUUGAUUUUUUUGUUAAAGUUGAUUCACUCUUAUGGAAUUUCAAACUACGAAGGCUACAGUUCCACCGGGAAAGGAGAAUUAUCAGUUUCUAACUAUAAUGAAUUUAACAAAGAUCUUUGCCAACCAUCUGUUAUUUCUUUUAAUGAACUAACUGGGUUUGGAAAAGCUGAAGUUAUUAGAUUUAAAUGCCCAGAAGGGUAUCAAAUCACUGGAGUGGAAUAUUUUACAGAUUCUCUGGAGUUAUUUAUAACAGGGAUUCGAUUUAUUUGCAACGAUAGCAAUUCUUCAUUUUACAUGGGAUCUGAAAAUUUCAAUUCCAAAAAUAUAAAAGGAAAAUACUCAAAUGGUGGAAUCAACGAAGUUGCUUUUGGAUAUGACGUUGAAACCCCAAUUUUACGAUUAAUUCAAGUAGUAAAAGAAGAAGCCUUACCAAAAGGCUCCGAAAAAUUACUUAGUUUUAUUUCACCUGUUGAACAACUAUUUAGAAGUCAAACAUUUGUUGGAAGUAUUCCCACAUCAGUUUGUGGUGUACUUAUAAAAAAUUCGUCAUAUAUAGCCCCUAUAAUAGGUAAUAUUAGAGUUGAAUUUCUGGAAAAACGCCCUCUAUCUCAGCAUAAAUAUAGAGGAUUAGUUUAUACAGGGACUCCAGAAAUUGACUUUUUAAAACCAGAUUUUCAACGAUGCAAUCAAAUUUCAGGGGCAAGUCCUUCAAAUACAAAAGAUCUAAAUUUCCAUAUUAAGUGUCCAAAUAAUCAUCGAAUAAUUGGAAUAGAUGCUAUAAUGGGAGAUCAGAUUACAGCGGUUAGCUUAGAAAGCGUUUCAAACCAACUGAAUAAAUUUAAUAAACAAUCUUCUGUUUUAAAGCCUGAUGAAACUGAGUUUAAAGAUGAAAGCACUUCCUUUUCAGAUUCAUUUAUAGAUUCACUGAGUUCUUCUAGUAAAGAAUCAAUUGGUAUGGAUCUAAAUAAUAAAGAUAAUGAUAUAGAUUCUGCUGUAAAUAAUGGAGAGAUUAUAAUGUUUAGAUUUUUGUGUAGUGACUAUAUAACCUCGUUUUCUAUUGGGCAAGCUCUCAAAAAUAUCACAAGUUGGAACUUACAGGACCAAAUCCCAAACGUCAAAGAUUGGGAGGUAACUUCUUCACUAGUAAAUGAUGAAGCUGAAAAAAAUAUGAGAGAUGCUGCUGAACAAAAAUUAGUACUUGGAACAGCAGAAGUACGUCUGGGGAAUGUCAAUUCUAUUUUGAUAGGUUACACUACUGAGAAACUUCUAGUUAAAGCAUAUCUGAACGACGCUAAACAAAAGGAAAGCAAACACGAAAUUGCUGAAAAUGUAGAGAGGUUUACAUUUGGGCCAGUCUUCAUAAAUGUAAAUGAAUUUGUGGAUAAUGAUUUCAAGAGGAGAAAUAUUUUAAAAUUAUUACCUGAAAUAUACAAAUCAAAUCCAAUAAAUUCAAGACUAAGUUUUUCAGGAGACAAAUUUGAAGGAUUAUGUGGAAGAAUAAUGUAUGGUUCUCUACUUAUAUCCAGUAUUGGGUUUGAGGUUUCAAAAAGCAUUAAGCCACACUUUCCACAGAUUAUCACUACCUCAAGUGUAAAGAUUGAAAAGCGUAAUGGAGAAAGUUUUGGAUGCGAUAAAAUGCUUAAGCCAACAGAAAUCACUCAAGAAAAUAAAUUUGGUAAACACAAUUUGGAAUCUAUUGAGGCUAGAAGUAGUUUAAGAUCAUUCCAAGGCUCCAUAGAAUGUCCACCUGGUCUAGCAGUGGAAAGGAUUCAAUUGUUGAUCAACAAUAUUUCAGGAAAACUCACUUCCAUAAAAUUUGAUUGUGGAAAUGAUUCUGAAAAUUACUUUAUAAUAGGUGAAGCUAAAAGUUUCCAAGAGAAAAUAAAAUCUCAUCAAAAAGGAGAAGCUAUCAAAGAAAACAACUAUGAAAUUAUUAAUACAGUUGUACCAAAAAGCAGCGUUUCUUAUGAUGAAAUUAAAUCCAUAUUAGUUUCCCCAUCCAAAAACUUUUCCUCAAAUUCAAUAUUCAUACCUGAGGCAAACCUUCCCAUUUCAAUGUUUCAAGUUAUUCAAAAAAAUGAUAUUUCACCCAAGCAGCUUGAAUCUAGAGAAAACAAAUCAAAUUAUAUUUCAGAAAGAUAUCCCCCGAAUGACCAAAGAAAAAAGAUUUGGAAUAAUGGAGUACUCACAAAAGUUUGUGUAGACAUUACAAGUGGAGGUGCCAUUAAUAAUAUUGGAUUUGGGUUCAAGUUUCCUUUUCAACCGACCUCGAGAAAAGAAAUCAGUAGUUACUAUGGAUUUUCUUCUGAAGGAAACGGAGAAUUGGAUGUAGAUUCAAAAGAGUUUAUUUGUCCAGGUAUGCUUCAUUCUCCUCGUGCUCAACUACUUUUUAGUAAACAAACUGAAGAGAUAAUAAUGACUGGUGAACUUCGUUCAAGAAGCAAAAAAACUCUAUUAAGAUCUGUCAAUUUCAGAUGUCCUGAAAAAAGCGUAAUAAAUAGAGUCGAAGUUGCAUGGCAAAUUAUUAGAGGAACUGAAUCUUUUACUAGAUUGGGUCAAGGCUCUAAUUAUAACAUUGGUAAAGAACCACUUGGCUCUAUAGGAGCAAUGAGAUUUUUUUGUAGCGAUGGAAAAUCCGUUUUAAAGGUUGGAUCAGACACUACUCCGACCCACUCAAAAAGUAAUCUCGAAAUUCAUGAAGUUCUAUUGGGGUAUAAAGAACUAACUAGUGAUGAAAUCGCGACAGUUAAACGUGAAUUAACAAAAGAAAACUCAAUCAAAGUUACUGAAGAGCUUUUACGAACUUUGCCUGGAGACCCAACUAUAUUUAAACUUGUCCAUGAAUCUCGUCCACUUUCAAAAAUACAAUUAGAAGUUGAAGGCGUUAAAUCAUAUAGCUCGGCUGUUGAAGCCUUAGAUUCUUUAAAAAUAAGGCCAAAAACUAGCAAUCAUAAGUCAAGAAUUUGGAGAGGUGGGCGUUGGUCAGGUGUUUGUAUUGGUUUGCUUAAUCUUGGAGGAGGAAUUCUAAAACACCAUGAGUUUAGUAUUGUUUCGUUCGGGUCAUAUUUUGAGAAACUUCCUCCACUUGCUAUUUUGCCUUACGAAGGUUUCAUUCAGACUGGAAUUCCCCAAAUACAUCAGAAUAAAAUUGUUUCUACAUGUGAUAUGACUAAUCCACCGUCCUUUGGACUUAAGUAUCCUGGCUUCUCAGCUGCAUUCCUUUGUCCAAAUGGAACUCACAUCGAAAGGAUUGGAUAUAGCACAUUUGAAAAUAAUAGUAAACAGGGCUUUGAGAUUUUAAAAAAUGGUACACUUUCACUCCCACAUGCAUACAAGGAGAAGAAACAUGUUGGACCACUCGGGCAAAUCACUGCCAUCCAGCUAUUCUGUAGUGAUGGAAUAUCCACAGUUACCAUUGGACAACCAUCGAAAAGCACAUCUAUAAGCAAGCCAGGAGAGAUCGGAACAGUCAAAGUUGGUUAUGUAAAACACAACUCUAGCCUUUUAGAUAAAAACACAUCAAUGACAUCUUUAUUAAUGCCUGCAAGUUUCGAACUUAUCUCGAAGGAUAAAAAACGAAGACUUCUCAAGCACUCCAACCCUAACUUCCCUGAAUACACACAAAAGGUUACUACAUGGGAAGGAGAAGACCUAAUAGCAGUUUGUGUAGACUUCGCCGUAAUUGACGAUACCAAGCGCUCCAGUAGAAAUAGUAAUUACCUAAGAUGGGCAGGAAAUACAAUAAGAUACCCAGAGAAACAUUUAAUUAUGAGUAUUGGGUUUGCAUUUAAACGAAAGAUUAUGAGAAACAAGUCUACAGGAACCGCAAUUCCUCAGAAAAAAAUUAAAAUCGCAGAAAACAUUCCCAAGGUAAAACUCCAAUCAGAGAAGUCAAUCAAGAAUAGUACACGUAAAAGAAAGAAGUUUAAUUAA